AUGAGAAGGAAGCUAAGAAAUGGAAAGGUGGCCCGCGCUGGGAUAUGCCCAGGCGCGGGCGAAAUCGCUGGAGCGCUGAGGCAGUCGCGCGCGGCUAAGUCCCCACUGCAAGGGCGGGCUAGCGGCGCGCGCCCGAAAACCGCCGGCGCCGGCGCGCUGAGGCACUCGCGCGCGCCUAAGUCCCCACCACAGGGGCCAGGCUAGCAGGCGCGCGCAACGACCGAGGCGCCCCUGUCGAGCUGAGAGUGGACUCUUCACAGGACCAACUCCCACCGUACCGGCCAGUCAACCACGAGAUCCCGUUGAUCGAUCCCACCGAAAAGGUCAAACCCCGGGUAUACCCCCUUGCCGACAAAUAUCGCAGCCAGUGGGCGGAACACUCAGCUAAGUACACUCGUGGUCGAUUCUGGGUUUCGGGUCCGAUCGAUUCUGCGGCUCCGGUCUUUGCCAUUCCGAAGAAGAACUCCCAGACGGCUCGUUUCGUGAUCGACCUCCGCGCGCGCAACAGCAACACCGUCAAGCGUUUUUCGCCCAUCCCGGACAUGACCAAUGUUCGAUACGAGGUGGCUCGAUCGCGUUAUCGCUCUAAAUUUGACGUGGCCGCGGCAUUUGAGCAGGUUCGGGUCAUACCGGAGCACGUCGAUCGCACCGGCUUCGCAACGGUGACGGGCACGUACACGUCGCGGGUCAUGCAGUUUGGUGACACCAAUGCGCCCAAUACCCUCAACCUCUUAACCUCGGCGAUGUUCCAGCCGUGUCUCCCGUUCGCCAAGAUCUUUUUCGACGAUGUCCACGUCCAUUCCGAUACCCGUCGCGCGCACUUGAGACACAUCAAGAUCCUGCUGAUGACAUUGAGACAUUACCGGUUCUACUUAGGAUCCAAGAAGUCCGAGUGGUUCUCAAAGUCGUUGGACUCCUUGGGCACCAUCAUUUCCGACGUCGGCAUCGAAGUCGACCCCGCCAAGUGGGUGCGUAUCCGUCAGUGGCCGAUCCCGUGCAACAAGACCGAUGUCCAGCGCUUCCUCGGCACCGUCAACUGGAUGCGAGAUCACCUACCGCACCUCUCAAAGAUUUUGGAGCCGAUCACCGCGUUAAUGGCGCAAUCGACGUCAUGGCGUUGGAACGAGCGAGAACAGCAGGCUUUCGAUACCGUCAAGUCCCUUGUGCCCGCCAUCCUACGACCGAUCGAUGGCGCCAAGGUUACCUCGGGCGAGCACAAGAUGUACCUCUUCACGGAUGCCAGUCGGGUUGGCAUUGGCGCUUGUUUGGCGUCCGGGCCCAACCGUUCGCAGGCCGUUCCAACGCGAUUCUUUUCCGCUAAGUUCAACGGUGCUCAGCUCAACUAUCAUGUCACUGAUAAAGAGUUCUUGGCUGUCGUCUCGGCGUGUCGGGCGUUCGAGCAGCACUUGAUCGGUUACCCCUUCGUCAUCGUCACCGACCAUCAGGCCCUUCGCACGAUAAAAACCCAAAAACUGCGCCAAACGCCUCGGCACAUCCGCAUGUGUCUCGAACUUAGCCGUUUCGACUUCGAAUUUGAAUUCAUUGCUGGCAAGAACAACACCCUGGCCGAUUCGUUGUCGCGUCUGUGGGAGGUCAAGGAGGGAUCGCACGAGGAUCAGGUCAAGGAGAAUGAGUUGGAGGACAUGUUCUUUGAUGGAGAACGCCACGAAUUCACUACACCCGGUGAGAGCCUCCCUGAGGAACGUCCUUGCACUUCACCAUCUCCCGAUCGGUUGCCUCCUGUUGAUUUUGCCCUCGGGCCCCAACACGACGAUUGCGAGGCAGGCUCUCCCGGAUACUACGCGCUCAAGGAGGAAUCGCAAGACGAGGACGUGAAUGGACAGGAAUUAGGGAAUUUGUUCUUGAAGGAAGAAUGCCACGAGUUCAUUACGCCCGGUGAGAGCCUCCUCGAGGAACGUCCUUACACCUCACCUUCGCACGAUCGGUUGCCCCCUGUUGAUUGCGCCUUCGGGCCCUGGGGUCACGGUUACGACGCAGGCUCUCCCGGUUCCCCUCAUCUGGCCGAGAACAUUAUGGACGCCGUCGAUUCGUCUAUCGGCCGCCUCUCUCCUCCCAUCGCUGUCAAUCGAGUUCACGCUAUCGCUGCGGCUCCCGCCAACGACCCGCCCAUUCCGGUCGAUGCCGACGCCGACGAACUCGAUUUGUUGGGAGUUGCCACCGAUGACGUCAACGACACCCCUGUAGUCCAUCGGCCGCCUGAUCCACUGCCCCAACCCUUCCUCGACACCGUCAUCCGAGCAUACGCCAACGAUUCGCAAGCCCAGGUCAUCAUUACCGACCCGCUAUCAUGGCCUAUGUUUCGGGUGACCGAGGAAGGGAGGAUUUUGCGUGUACAUCCAGAUGAGUCUCUUUCCUUGUUUGUGCCUCGUGGUCUCGCUACUGGCGUCGUCAACUCCGACAAGGUCCCAUCGCUGCGCGAGCUCGUGCUUUCGGAGAUUCAUCGAAGUGUCGGGCAUGCAGGACAUCGCAUCACCUUGGCCGCCAUCCGUCCUUUGUACUGGUGGUCGUCCAUGUCUGCCGAUUGCGCCGAGUUCUGCCGUUCAUGUGAAGACUGUACCCGAGGCAAGGCGUCCACUCAAGUCCCCUAUGGCCGACUGCAUCCGAUGCCGAUCCCUUCUGGUCCUUAUUCGAUCAACUCUACUACGUCAGCGAUGUAG